AAUUAAGCAUUCUCCGCGCGCGCGCGCGCCCAGCAGCAGCCCGCGCUUGGCCUUCCUUCUCCUCCCGACCCGACGUCGUCGGUCGCGCCGCUGCCUGCCCCGUCCCGUUUCGGUGUCGUCUCUCGCCGGCCACGCCACCGCCCGCCAAGCCAAUCGUACACCCCAUCAACAAACUCUCUCUCUCUCUCUCUCUCUCUCUCUCUCGCUCGCUCUCCCUCUGUUUUUUUUACACGUGGGACGGUUGUGCACAAGUCUAGAUGCAGGCGUGAGAGAACGAGACUUCUGAUGAAUCCAUCCGAUCCGAAUCCAUACUAUUUAUUAAACACUGGUAAAUUAGGGUUGUUGCAUCUACUGCUGCUGUGGAGUAUCUUUUAUCUAAAGGUCCAAAAAGAUUGGCUUGUGCAUUAUUCGCACCUAAGCUAGCAUGCAGUCGUUCUCUAGCUAUACGGUACAAAAAGAUUCGGGUGUAGUUUUUGUACCAUUUAGAUAUAGAUGCGUCCCCUCCCUAGCUAGCGUAGCGCGCGCGGCGACGUGAGCAAUGACGGAUGCGGCGUCCGCAUCCGCACGCGCCUUUAGCUACUAGCUCUAGCUCUAGCUCUCCGGAGAGGCGUCUGCAGACCAACCGCAGCCAGCCAGCAGACUGUUAGACGACGGCCACGCGGAGCCGAGCGUUGCCGCGCUUUGCUUGAUGGGAUAAACGCCGCGCGCUGGGAAGGUUCAGUGACCACUCCCUGCCGCCGCCGCCGCCGCCGCCGCGCUGGUUUUUAUUCGCUUCUUUCUGCCUUCUUCCUCCUCGCGGCCGGGGCGGGGGCGUGCUGCUCUCUCCUCUCCAGGGAGUUUUCUGCGGGGGUUUUGGUUGGGUUUUCUUCAGCGCCAGCCGUGGAUGUGUUUAACGCAACAGUAUUAGUUUCUUCAUGAUCAGCUGUGUGUCCUCAAAUUGAGUUUCGUGCCGUGUACCAGUCGCGCAUGUUCCCCAGAUCGAUUAAAGUUUCUUCGCGCGUAUGUAUGAGCUCUAUUCGAAUGUUCUUUGCUCUGAAAAGAUUCCCCCUGUUCAUGGUUACAGAAGGGCCUGGAGUUGAAGCACGAAUCAUCGAAGCGCAGCAAAACUGAGACACACGUCUUACUUCUUCACAAGUUCUUGGACGAUGGACAUCUUCGGGAGCCCAUUCUGCUCCAAGCAAGCCGUCGCCUCAUGCGGCGGAUGGACGGACAUACUCGACUCCUCCAGCUGCACGAACCAUAUCCUGGAAACCGGCACCGCCGCUCUGAUCACCGUCGCUCUCGCGCUGCACCUCCUCGUCGUCAGGAUUACUACGAAGACCAGAGCGUCCGCACGCCGCCCCCCUGUCGCGCCCGGCCUGCCGCUGCAGCUGGCCGGCGCGGCGUUCACCGCCUGCUUGGGCCUCGUCUACCUCGGCCUCGCGUCGUGGAUGCUGGGGAGCAACUUCACUCAGCACGCUUCCGCUUACCUCCCACACUGGUGGGUGACGGCACUGUCCCAGGGACUCUGCUUGGUCCUCGCCGGCUUCGCUCUCAGCGGCGUCGGAGGAGCACGUCUCCUCGGGCCAAUGUCUGCGCGCGCGUGGUCGGCUCUGCUGGCCGCGUACGCCGCGUUCGUCGCUUGUUCCUCGGUCGUUCACAUGGUUGCGGAUAGGGCACUGACCAUGAAGGGUUUUCUGGACGCUCUGUUCCUGCCAGGUGCACUGCUGCUUGUCUGUGGCGCUUGGUGCGUCAAGGAAGAGGACGGUGAUGGCGGAACUGGAACUGCUGCUUCUUUGUAUAAGCCCUUGAAGACUGACGACACUGUUGAUGAUGAGAGGGGUGGGUCUGAGAGCCAUGUGACCCCGUUCGCUAAAGCCGGGGUUUUCAGCGUGAUGUCGUUCUGGUGGAUGAACCCGAUGAUGAAGACGGGCUACGAGAAGCCGCUCGAGGAGAAAGACAUGCCGCUCUUGGGUCCCUCGGACCGAGCGUACAGCCAGUACCUGGUGUUCCUGGAGAAGCUCAACAGGAAGAAGCAGCUGCGGGCACACGGCAACCCGUCGAUGUUUUGGACCAUCGUUUCUUGCCAGAAAACUGGGAUCUUGGUCUCGGGUCUCUUUGCACUGCUCAAGGUUCUCACGCUGUCUUCGGGCCCGGUGCUUCUGAAAGCAUUCAUCAACGUCUCGCUCGGGAAAGGGUCCUUCAAGUACGAAGGCUACGUGUUGGCCGUAGCGAUGUUCCUCUGCAAAUGCUGCGAAUCUCUGUCGCAGAGGCAGUGGUACUUCCGCACGCGGAGGCUAGGGCUCCAGGUGCGGUCGUUCCUGUCGGCCGCCGUCUACAAGAAGCAUCAGAGGCUGUCCAACUCGGCGAAGCUGAAGCACUCUUCCGGCGAGAUCAUGAACUACGUCACCGUCGACGCCUACCGGAUCGGCGAGUUCCCGUACUGGUUCCACCAGACGUGGACGACGAGCGUCCAGCUCUGCAUCGCUCUAGCGAUCCUGUACGACGCGGUCGGCCUCGCCACGGUCGCGGCGCUGGCCGUCAUCAUCGCCACCGUGGUCUGCAACGCGCCGCUGGCCAAGCUGCAGCACAAGUUCCAGAGCAGGCUUAUGGAGGCGCAGGACGUGAGGUUGAAGGCGAUGUCGGAGUCCUUGGUUCACAUGAAGGUCCUGAAGCUUUACGCGUGGGAGACCCACUUCAAGAAGGUCAUCGAGGGGCUGAGGGAGGUCGAGAUCAAAUGGCUGUCGGCGUUCCAGCUUAGGAAAGCGUACAACAGCUUCCUGUUCUGGACGUCGCCUAUCUUGGUCUCGGCUGCGACCUUCCUGGCAUGCUAUCUUCUGAAGAUCCCUCUUGAUGCCAGCAACGUCUUCACUUUUGUGGCCACCCUGCGCCUCGUUCAGGAUCCGAUUCGGCAGAUACCAGACGUGAUCGGAGUUGUGAUUCAGGCGAAAGUUGCCUUCACCAGGAUAACCAAGUUCCUUGACGCGCCUGAGCUGAGUGGACAGGUCAGGAAGAAAAGCUGUCUGGGGGAUGAGUAUCCGAUAGUGAUGAAUUGCUGCAGUUUCUCGUGGGACGAGAACCCGUCGAAACCAGCUCUAAAGAAUGUAAAUCUGGUGGUCAAAACUGGACAGAAGGUUGCAAUAUGCGGCGAGGUAGGAUCAGGAAAGUCUACACUGCUGGCUGCAGUUCUUGGAGAGGUUCCGAAAACUGAAGGCACGAUCCAAGUUUGCGGGAAAACAGCAUAUGUUUCUCAGAACGCAUGGAUCCAAACAGGAACCGUGCAGGACAACAUUCUCUUUGGGUCUUCGAUGGACAGGCAAAGGUACCAGGAAACACUCGAGCGGUGUUCUUUAGUGAAGGAUCUUGAGAUGUUGCCGUAUGGAGACCGUACUCAGAUCGGCGAGCGGGGCAUAAAUCUUAGCGGCGGUCAGAAGCAGCGUGUUCAGCUUGCUCGUGCAUUGUACCAGAAUGCAGACAUCUAUCUCCUUGAUGACCCUUUCAGCGCUGUUGAUGCCCACACAGCAACGAGUCUGUUUAAUGGAUAUGUCAUGGGAGCUCUGUCAGACAAGACUGUUCUUUUGGUGACCCACCAAGUUGAUUUUCUGCCUGUAUUCGAUUCUAUUCUGUUAAUGUCAGAUGGUCAAAUUAUUCGUUCUGCAUCUUAUCAUGAUCUAUUGGCAUAUUGUCAAGAAUUUCAGAACCUUGUAAAUGCCCAUAAAGACACUAUUGGUGUUUCAGAUCUUAACAGGGUGCCUCCCCAUAGAGAAAAUGAAAUAUUGAUCAAGGAGACAAUUGAUGUUCAUGGAAGCAGAUACAAAGAGUCUUUGAAGCCAUCACCAACAGAUCAACUGAUUAAGACAGAAGAAAGAGAAAUGGGUGAUACUGGUCUCAAGCCUUAUAUUCUCUACCUGCGUCAGAAUAAAGGCUUCUUCUAUGCUUCUCUGGGUAUUAUUUCCCAUAUAGUUUUCGUAUGUGGCCAAAUAUCACAGAAUUCAUGGAUGGCUACUAAUGUCGAGAAUCCUGAUGUUAGUACUCUUAAGUUGACUUCUGUGUACAUUGCAAUUGGAAUCUUCUCGGUGUUCUUCUUGCUAUUUAGAUCAUUAGCAGUUGUUGUUCUUGGGGUCAAGACAUCAAGAUCCUUAUUUUCUCAGUUACUAAACUCAUUAUUCCGUGCACCAAUGUCCUUUUAUGAUUCUACCCCUCUUGGAAGAAUACUUAGCCGGGUUUCUUCAGAUCUGAGUAUUGUUGACCUUGAUAUUCCGUUUGGCUUCAUGUUUAGCAUUGGUGCUGGCAUAAAUGCAUAUAGCAAUCUAGGAGUAUUGGCUGUUGUUACAUGGCAAGUUCUGUUCGUCUCUGUGCCAAUGAUUGUUUUGGCAAUCAGGUUGCAGAGGUAUUAUUUAGCCUCAUCUAAGGAAUUGAUGAGGAUCAAUGGCACUACCAAAUCUGCUCUCGCUAAUCACUUGGGCGAGUCGAUUGCAGGGGCUAUAACAAUAAGGGCUUUUCAGGAAGAAGAUCGUUUCUUUGAGAAAAACUUGGAACUUGUUGACAAGAAUGCUGGUCCAUAUUUCUAUAAUUUUGCAGCAACUGAAUGGCUCAUUCAACGUUUGGAGACCAUGAGUGCUGCAGUUCUUUCUUUUUCUGCCCUUAUCAUGGCUCUUCUUCCUCAAGGAACUUUUAACCCUGGCUUUGUAGGAAUGGCAUUAUCUUAUGGUCUAUCCCUGAAUAUAUCCUUUGUUUUCUCUAUCCAAAACCAAUGCCAGCUAGCUAGUCAAAUCAUCUCUGUGGAAAGGGUUCAUCAGUACAUGGACAUACCAAGUGAAGCAGCAGAGAUUAUUGAAGAAAAUCGACCAGCACCAGACUGGCCCCAAGUUGGCAGGGUGGACCUUAAAGAUUUGAAGAUUAGAUACAGACAAGAUGCUCCUCUUGUAUUACAUGGAAUCACCUGCAGUUUCCACGGUGGAGAUAAGAUCGGUAUAGUUGGGCGAACAGGAAGUGGAAAGACAACUUUAAUUGGUGCACUGUUUCGUCUUGUUGAGCCAACUGGAGGGAAAAUAAUUAUAGACUCUAUAGACAUCACCACAAUAGGCUUACAUGACCUGCGUUCACGUUUGGGUAUCAUUCCGCAAGAUCCGACACUCUUUCAAGGAACCAUAAGAUAUAAUCUAGACCCUCUUGGGCAAUUCUCUGAUCAACAAAUAUGGGAGGUUCUAGGCAAAUGUCAGCUUCUUGAAGCUGUCCAGGAGAAGGAGCAGGGAUUGGACUCACUUGUUGUGGAAGAUGGUUCGAACUGGAGCAUGGGUCAAAGGCAGCUCUUUUGUUUGGGACGUGCACUUCUAAGAAGAUGCCGUAUCUUAGUUCUUGAUGAGGCCACGGCAUCUAUAGACAACGCUACUGAUGCUAUCCUUCAGAAGACGAUCAGGACAGAGUUUAGAGAUUGCACUGUCAUCACUGUCGCACACCGUAUACCCACCGUUAUGGACUGCGAUAUGGUACUUGCAAUGAGUGACGGGAAAGUAGUGGAGUACGACAAGCCUACAAAGCUCGUGGAAACCGAAGGAUCUCUCUUCCGUGAUCUUGUCAAGGAGUACUGGUCAUACACAUCGAAUUGAAAUAUCUAGGAGAAACUGUGACAAUCACAUGUUCACUCGUUGCAGUCUCUUAAAAAAGAGAUAACAGGAGCCUGUUCUCACACACAUCCGAUGAACUAUUCUAUCUCAAGUCCGAAGUAGAGGUGUCAGGCAUUGUCGGGAAGUGCUUUUGUUAACUAGUUGAACAGGGGGAAACCUGUCGUCCCUUAAAAAAAAGGAAACCUCCAGCGUUUUUUUGCUCCGAUAUUGAGCGAAUAAACCGAAAUAUCUAGUGGAAGGCGCAUCAAGUAUGCAUCCUUGAUACUGCAUGUUCACAGAAAUGCUUGUGCGGCAGGCUGUUCCAAGGCUUUAAACUUUAUGGUGCUUUACAUUCCUAAUAAACCGAAUUGUGUAUAUGAUGUUUGGGAAAAUGGUGAUUUUUCAGGUUUCAGCUCCCUCUCUUGCUCACGUUUAAUGUAUUAUCAGUGUAAAUUCAUCCGUGAUUGGAUUUAAGGCAACCAAUUUGUUG